AUGCCAGUUUUGUACCACGCCUCCGACAGCCAGAACCGGAGCUCCAUCGAGUCAUCUGGCUUGCAGCCCAACCCGGGUCGCUUGGGCACCUACGUCUAUGCCACCUUCACAGAAGGCCAGGCCCAGAAAAUCGCGGAGCAUUUUCACAAGCGCACGGGUCUCCCGCAUGAUGUGUGGAAGUUUGAGGUGCCAGACUCAGAAGUGCGCAAGGUGGAAGAGCACCCCGCGUGGGCAGGCAUGGGUUCCUUCAAGGAGGUCUGUGUGGAUGCAGUGGCAUCAGAUCAGGUGAGCCGUGUCAACGGUGUCCGUCCAAGCGUGGGGACUCUCUGGUUCAGAGAUUGCCUCAAGUGUCGCAAGGAGGUGCUUGUGCCUUGGCACCGAGUGCAUUGUGACGAGUGUCAGGGUGUUCGACACUCCCGGGGCCCGGGCGGUCUUCGUUUCAGGUGA